UUCCCUGUUUCUGGAAUGAAAUUGCAAAUUGUUUAUCCAGAUUUUGUUUGUUGAUUUAUUCUAAUGUUUUAGUUAGUUGUUUUAGCACAUAAUUCAGUUUUGACUCAUAAUUUGUUAAAUAAGAUUGCAUAUUUGCAUUCCUGAACACUACCAAAUCUUUUUUAUAACACAAGACAAGAAGAAAAAUGAUAAAUUCUUGGACCUUUCAUUAGGAAAUGUGUUCUGUUAGAAUUCGUCUCAGUUCAUCCUUUCUCAAUAAUUGUCGAAAAAUUACCGUAUGUUUAUAAUCUAGGUAGACCGGACAACUCAUUCAAUAAAUGUAUCCCGUUUUGGAAAGUUCAGACACGAAACUUCAUUUUUAACAUAAGAAACCUUAAAAUAACAUAGUUUCGCCGUGUCUGAAUCCAAGUGUCCCGUGUCCGUGUCCGUGCUGCCUAGUUUAUAAUUCAAACUUCAAAGAGAAAAUCUCAAACCCAAUAUGUUACAGUCUUCAAUAUUAAUGCAGUAAGCUAAAAUCUUGAGAAUUUUUCUUUCAUUAAUAUUUACGAAAUCCACACACAUGCUGUAAUAAAGUCAAAUAGAAAGGGACAAUGAUCACAUAAUGGAGCACUGAGCAUAGAAAGGGUCAUGAUCACAUAAUGGGUUUGAAGUAAAUUUGCAAUCAGUUUGAGUAAAGGAAUCCACUUGUCAUGCAAAACCAAUACAAAAAUAUUCUCUCCUAUUUGUGGUGGAUGUUUGUUUUCAGAACCAUAAUAUCUCUUGUAUUUAUUUGUAUGCUUUAAUUCCAAGUAUCAACUAGCGUCAUCUUGAUCUUGUUGUUUAUACAUUUCAUCAUAAAAUAAUGUGUUUAUGUAUGAGAGUUGCAUUCUUGUGGUUUUUUUUGUUCAAUUCGUUCUUGCCGUUUGCUUAUUGUUCUGUAAUCUACAGUGUAACUUCGUCAAGAGAAGUAACUCAAGAACAAACUCUUAGCUCUCCGAACCACAUUUUCGAGUUGGGCUUUUUUACUCCCAACAAUUCCCAUAAUCAAUAUGUGGGAAUUUGGUACAAGGAAGCUACUCCCCGGACUGUUAUUUGGGUGGCUAAUAGAAAGAAUCCUGUUACAGGUUCCUCGAAAAGUUUAACGAUAGGUAGAGAUGGGAAUUUGAUGCUUUUGGAUGGGCAGCAGAAUGUUGUCUGGUCUACCAACAUAUCUGGUUUGUCAAACGGUUCAAUUGCUGGGCUUUCAGACGACGGGAGGUUGAUUUUGAGAGAUGGUGCUACAGGUUCAAUUCUAUGGGAUAACUCCAAGAAUAUAACAAAUGUACUCGUGGCCGGCACAUGGUUGGCCUUCAAUAACACAAAUGGAGAGAGUCUUAAUCUUAGUUCUUGGAGAACUGAAAACGAUCCUUCUCCUGGGGAUUUCACUACUAGUUUAUCACAGGAGAAGCCGUCACAAGCUUUUGUCUGGAAAGGGUCGAAACCUCAUUGGAGGAGUGGCCAAUGGGAUAAGGGUAAGUUUAUUGGGAUACCAGAAAUGGAUGCUGAUUAUCAAAGUGGACUAACACUUGUUGAUGGUCUUCAGCCAGGAACUGCUUAUCUUGAAGUUGGUGUACUCAGAAACUGUAGUUACUCCAUGUUUAUGCUUUCAUCAAUAGGAACAUUAAGGUUUAUGUGUUGGGAUCCAGUCAAGCGCUGGUAUGCUAGAUGGGUGGCACCUAUUACUCCAUGUGAAGUCUAUGGAGCAUGUGGAUCUUUUGGGGUUUGCAAAAGAUAUGACCCAAAUCUAACUUGUAGUUGCUUGAAAGGGUUCGUGCCAAAAUCAUACGAAGAAUGGGGGAGAGGAAACUGGACAGGAGGGUGCGUAAGGCGAAUGGAAUUAACUUGUGGAAGAAACACAAGCUCCGGUAAUGCUACUACUCAAGGACGAAAACCAGACAGUUUCUUGAAGUUUAGUGGCUUAAAAGUUCCUGAUUCUGCCAAGUUCUUUAAUGUUUUGGAUGAAAAUGAAUGCCAUGAGCAGUGUUUGAAUAACUGUUCUUGUUUAGGUUAUGCAUUUGUAGAUUCAAUAGGAUGUUUGGUUUGGACAGGAAAUCUCGUGGAUAUGAUCGAGUUACCCUUUGGCGGACAAGAUCUUUUUCUUCGUGUUGCUAAUGCCGAACUGAAAGGUGAUGGUAAGAAGGUAAAAGAAAAAUUCAUAAUCAGCCUAGUCAUUGUUUCAGCUGUUGCUGUUAUCAUUUCUAUGAUCUAUGGUCUUAUGAAGUGGAGAGCCAUCCAAACAAUUAAGAAAAAUGCUGAAGAACCAUUUAUGUGGAGAAGCCCUUCAGAUGAUAAAGAUAAAGAUCCAGUAGAAUUGCCUUUGUUUGACAUCAAUAGCAUUUUAGUUGCGACCAGCAACUUCGACGAACAAAACAAACUUGGGCAAGGAGGAUAUGGUCCAGUUUAUAAGGGAAAGCUGCAAGAUGGGAAGGAUGUCGCGAUUAAAAGACUUUCGACUAGCUCUGGACAAGGAACGGAAGAGUUCAAGAAUGAAGUGAUGUUGAUAUCCAAACUUCAGCAUAGAAAUCUUGUUAGACUCAUAGGUUGCUGCGUUGAAAGACAAGAGAGGAUACUAAUUUACGAGUUCAUGUCCAACAAAAGCUUGGAUACCUAUUUGUUUGAUCCUGCAAAAAAGGCAGAGCUGGAUUGGAACAAACGGUUCACUAUUAUAAUUGGAGUUGCUAGAGGGCUUCUUUAUCUCCACCGCGAUUCUCGUUUGAGGGUCAUACAUAGAGAUUUGAAGGUCAGCAACAUUCUUUUGGACGAGAAUAUGAUUCCUAAGAUAUCAGAUUUUGGAUUGGCGCGAAUGUUUGAAGGCACGCAAGUUCUUGGAAGCACUCACAGGGUUGUUGGAACAUUCGGAUAUAUGGCUCCGGAGUAUCUGUUAGGCGGCAUAUAUUCUGAGAAAUCCGACGUAUUUGGCUUUGGAGUCUUGAUUUUAGAAAUUGUCUGCGGCAGGAAGGUUAAUAGCUUCCAGUUUGAUGAACAACACAUGAGCCUUCUAGCUUUUGCGUGGCAAUCAUGGGACGAAAGCAAGGGCUUAGACAUCAUAGAUGAAGCAGUGGCAGAUUUGUAUUCGACAGCGGAAGUAAGUAGAUGUAUAAAUGUUGGACUAGUUUGUGUGCAGGAUCAUGCAGCAGAUAGACCGAACAUGGCUGCUGUAGUGACUAUGUUAAGUGGCGAAAAAACAAAUCUUCCUCAACCGAAACAACCUACAUUUACGUUUCAAAAUGUGUCUACCAAUGUUCAGUCAGAAAGUUACUCUACAUGGUCUGUAAAUAAAGUCACUGAAUCAAUUGUUGAACCGCGAUAACCGGCUGUAAUUCCGGUUUAGUACUGAUUUUGGCAUCUAAUAUAUUCGUUUUUGCUGUCCAAAGAUGUAAUUUGAGAGUUGGAUGUAUUAGAAGGAAUGUAAAAUAGUCUUUGUAAUGAUGUACAUCACCACAGAUCUACAAAUGAAAUUUUGAU